GGCGAGGUCCGCCCUUAGUGCUGCUGUCCGGCGUCGGGACACGCGCCCGGCACGGGACAUUGAGCGCGGCGCCUCAGGCAGUGCGGCGGGCAGCCCCGGCUCCGGCGCGCCGCGGCUGUGGGAAGACCCCGGCGCCAGCGGUGGCGCAGAGCCGGUGGACGCGGCGGUAGCGACAGGGACGGGCUGUACGAGCGAGUUCGCUGCUCGUCCGUGAGACGCGCUUCUUCGGCGGGGUUCCGGCGCUGGCUGGUUGUUGGGCGGCCGGCGCCAUGUCUGUGAGCGAGAUCUUCGUGGAGCUGCAGGGCUUUUUGGCUGCCGAGCAGGACAUCCGAGAGGAAAUUCGAAAAGUUGUACAGAGUUUAGAACAAACUGCUCGAGAGAUUUUGACCCUGCUUCAAGGGGUCCAUCAGGGUACGGGGUUUCAGGACAUUCCAAAGAGGUGCUUGAAAGCGCGAGAACAUUUUGGUACGGUGAAGACGCAUCUGACGUCUCUGAAGACCAAGUUCCCUGCCGAGCAGUACUACAGGUUUCACGAGCACUGGCGGUUUGUGCUCCAGCGCCUUGUCUUCCUGGCGGCCUUCGUAGUGUAUUUGGAAACAGAGACCCUGGUGACUCGAGAGGCGGUUACGGAGAUUCUUGGCAUUGAACCAGAUCGGGAAAAAGGAUUUCAUUUGGACGUGGAAGAUUAUCUCUCGGGAGUUUUAAUUCUUGCCAGUGAGCUGUCGCGGCUGUCUGUCAACAGUGUGACGGCCGGGGACUACUCUCGGCCCCUUCACAUCUCGACUUUCAUCAAUGAGCUGGAUUCAGGCUUCCGCCUUCUCAACCUGAAAAACGACUCGCUGAGGAAGCGCUACGAUGGCCUGAAGUACGAUGUGAAGAAAGUAGAGGAGGUGGUCUAUGACCUUUCCAUCCGCGGCUUUAAUAAGGAGACGGCGGCGGCUGGUGGUGAAAAAUAGAAUCUUCUCCCUGCGCUGGCCUUGCCGACCUGGCCUUUGCUAGGGAGGGUAGCACGGUGCCUCUUCUGUAGUUAGCACGCCAGUUGCUAAGCACUGCGCUUUAUUUUCGUAACCGGCUGUGUGGUGUGCGUAUCAGAAUUGAGAUACUUUUUGGAUAUAUAAAAGCCCUUUCCACGGAUAGGAUUUUUGUUGACGUUUCAGUGAGCUUGCUGUGUACUUUGUUGUAUUCCCAUUUUGUCGAAAGUGUAAAUGUCGGUCUCUUGGUAAAAGUCCUUUUCUUGCUUACCGGACUGUUGAUGUGAUUAACAAGUUUGUUUAUUUGUUUGUGAUUCUUCCAGAAGAGACCCAUGUUUUCUAGGUUCGAGUUCGUGCUCCAUUCCCAGUCCUAGCCUGGAUAUAGUGUGAGAAUAGACAAGGGAACUUUAUUUUCCCCUUUUUAUUGUAAGUUGUGUAAAUUAGUUAAGUUUUUUUUUUUUUCGGAGAAAAUUAGAGAACCCGAUUCCUUCACUGCCAUGAGAAUACAGCAGAUGGAGCUGUCCAGUCCAGCUCAGCAAGGCCAGUUUAGAAAGACCUCUGAAGUGAUGUCUGUUUGCUAGAGACCUUGUCUUCUGAGGCCACCUUACGUCCUGCCUGCCGUAGCAGUUGUAGUCUCCACACCUGUUGUGAGCUCACACCUGUGUGUUGUAUCCGUGAGCCGUGAGACCUUUUCCCAGCAGGCACUAGACCUGGUCUGGGAGUAGAAAGCCAUCCUCAUGCAUUCAUCCACUAGCUGUACCCAAGGAGCAUCUUCUUACAGAAAACAAUGCCGUUUGGUGUGGAAGAAGUAAAACUUGGCUUUAAAAAUUCCACGUGAUUGGUAGUAUUUUUUGUAAUAAGAAAUUUCAGGUUUUGAUGCUAUCAGUUCCUUUUAAAUGUGUAGUUCAUGGUAGUCAUGUAAACCCUGUGAACUUCUCGGACCCUUCUCCUCUUUAGAUAGUACAAGAAUGCGUAUCUGGCCAUUCCUGGGGCAGGACUGAAAUUGUUAACAGUCACGGCUAAUGAUGUAGCUCAGUGGUAGAGCACUUGCCUGGCAGGGGUGAGGCCCUGGGUCCAUCCCCGGGAUGUAAAAAAACAAAAAGCCCCAAAUCCAAUGAACAAAAAUUUUCACCCUACUUUUUUUUGUACCCUGUGAAAAGAAGCUGCUGGUAUUUCCAGUGAAAUAGGAAGUAUUUAGGAAAUGUCCCCUUUCUUGCUUGAUAAUAGUUUGGGCUUCUUGUUUGUGCAGUGGGAUAUUUGACACUGGCUUUUAUCAGGUGGUGGUUUAAGGCUGACUGGAAAGUGGGGCCUGAGAGUGCAGGCCUGUACUCCAGCUACUCAGGAGGCUAAGGCAGGAGGAUGGCAAAUUCAGGCCUCAAGGCUUGCCUGGCUAAUUGAGUGAGACCUUGUGACAUAAACAACCUAGAAGAUGAGGGUGUUUCAGCGACCAUGUCUUCCUAGCGUGUUCGAGGCCUAGGUUCAGUCCCUCAUUUUGCAGUGGGGUGAGGCAAGGCCGACCUUAAUCCCCGUCACAGGGAAGGAGCAGGGGUGAGAUGUGAUUGCUCUGUAUGGUCGGGCAUGUAGACCAGCUUUCUUCAUGGUCCUUUUUGCGGGGUUAGAAUAGGUUAUUAGGCUAUUUUUUGUUAGUUUGCCUUUGAGACAGGGAAAUAGUCCAGGCUGGCCUGGGACUCACACCUCUGUUUCCAGCUCCUGAGUACAGGUUUAGGCCUUUGGACAUGUCCAGGAAGGUUGUUAAAAUGCUCAGUGUUAGCACAGUCUGGACUGAGUAGGUUUUUCUGCUGCACGUUCAGUUAGAGAUAGGAGGUUCCCCAGGUCCUUGCUUUGUUGCUCAGGUGUGGGUUCUGCUGGACACAUUAAAGCUCUUGCCAAACGGUCUAGAUUUCCCUAUUCAGAGACAGAGGGUGUGAUAUCCCACCUGUAGUGUUGUCUAUACUGGGCUCAACCUCCUGGGCUCAAGCCCUCCUCCUGCCUCAGCCUGCCAAGUAGCUGGGACUCUUGCCAGUGCCGUUGCACCUCCCUAACUCUUGAACUUGAGUUCUAACAGUGCAGUGAAAUUGCACUUAGAGCAAAGGCGUACCUCUGGUGUCAUAAUUCCAUCAGAGAGUUUUGAAGCGUCAUGUUGAUAAUUAGUUGUGUUCAUUGCUGGCUUGUAAAGCAAUAAAACUGUUGUUGGUCCCUUUGUAA